ACAGGAGCCUCAACAUGGGGAACUCACGAGCUCUAUUUAAGUUUACUGAUUAUAUUUCUAAAACAACCAUCAUCGCCAUCAUUGUGAUUGUUUCUUCCUUUGCUGUGCUGUGGUUCUCACCACAGCACAGUGAUGAGAGUUGUAAUUCAGUGAAGGGUCGGUGUGAUGUCUACAUGGCUCUGCCAUUUUUUAUAAUAUUUUUUGUGACAAUCUGGAAGGACGCAGCAUGUCAGAGAGCGCUGACAUAUACAUGUAGACGGUCUCGGAGCAAGUUUUGUUGUGUUUUACUGAAGAACACAGUCAAGGCGGCUUGUAUCGGUCUUCUGUGGGUGAUCUGUGUAUUAAUUGAUGGAAAAUGGUUUGUGUGCUGUAAGAACGAUCAGUCAGAUGAGAAGAUAAACCAGGACACGGACAACCACACAUAUGACGAGGAAGAAAUUAUCAAUGAGCUCAAAGGCCAGUCACAGGAGCUGCCAAAUGAAGACGAGUCAAUUCGAUUACAGACUUUGUCAUCACCUGAUGAAGACAACGCCCUGCUGGAAGAAGAGGAACGUCUGUGAUGGAUACAUCAACACACACACACACACACACACACACACACACACACACACACACACACAUUACUGGUUCUGAAAACAACAAUGCGCUAAUGCUGUCAUGUUAUAAGCAACAAGAGCUGCCUCACAAUGUGAUUCACUGAUCUGUCAUACACCAAAGAAAAAAGUAAUAACCUGAAUUACAAAAAAAGAAUUAGUAGCAGUAAUAGAAUAGUUAUUUUUGUGCGUGUUAGAAAAGUGUUAUUUUUUUCUGAAUGCUUAAACACUGUCAGUGUUUCUUGAAGCUCUGUCUGUGAAACCUUGAACACGUGAAGCCAUUCAGGGCAUAUUACAUGUUAGUCCUACUGAUUGUGUAUUGGGUGAUUCAACAGGUGCAUUGACUCUGAGUGUGUUUAGCCACUAGAGGGCACCAUUACCUCACUGUGCACUGUUCUCUUAUCACAGUCAAUGCCUGU